CAAGAAUGAUGUUUGUGGGUGAUAUUGAUCACUUACCCACAUACUUCCUGUGUUUUCUCACUACAGUAAAAACAAAGUGAAGAGGCUCGUCCACCAUCACACUGUCAAACUGACGAGGAUACGUUAACAUGCCUGACACACUUCUGCUCACUCUCAGCUUUUCUCUGAUCCUUCACUACGUUUGUAGUUUGAAAGUGAGUGAACCUCUCAACCAUACGUUAAAUGACGAUGGCUCAGUCAGUGUCACAUGUAUGUUUUGGGCACAAGGACAGCUUGGAGUGGAAGGCAAGCUGAAAAUGAAUAAUGAAUAUGUUUGUGAGAUUUCGGAUAAAAAAGAAGAUGACAAGUGUAAUUGGCAGCACAGUGACAACAAAUUCACGUUCACCUUGAGGAAUCUAUAUAAAAGUGAGGACCUACUUAAAAAUGAAUUUUCCUGUGAGAUAUCCAAAGUAGAUCCAGUUCCAAUCAUAACUGAAGUUGGGCCAAAAAUGAAGCUUUUCCGAGGUUGCAGUAACCAUUUGGCUCCACCAAAAAACAACUGUUCAUGCUCUAACAAUAACAAGGAACCCACACCUAAAGUCAAGACCCCAUCUGAAGACAAGACCCCAAAUGAAGACAUGUAUACCCUUCUCAUCUGUGGUCUGAUCAUAGUGGUGGUGAUGCUCUCUAUCUACAGCAUUAUUCUCACUGUAUUCUACAUCAGGCUGAGGGUUACAAAUCCUGAGCCUUCUGACAAUCUGACCUAUGUGCCAAUGCAGAAGAAUAUAAAACGCCGUGAUCCAGACAACACAGAUUACGUGGACAUGCGUGAAGUGCAGAAACGGGGAGGAUCCCACAGAGAUAUGAACCACAACUCUCAUCUGAUCACCGUCUGAGCCCAUUUCUAGUGGAAUCAGUGAGCUCAUGCUUUAACUGCUCUAGGACCCACUGCUGGAUUAAAUAUAGUUAAGCUAUACACUAAAGUAUAUUGCAGGACAAAACCAUUGCCUUUAUACCAAUGCCUGAAUCUCUAAAUUGCUGCUGCACCCCAUUCAACCGCUCCCUCCUAUUAUACUGUAUUGUUGUUCUCUGUUGAAGAUAAUUCAUCUGCUGGCUUGUACAACCUCAUGCUGAAUUGUAGCUAUGCCAAGCUAAAAGUAUAUGAAAUAUAAAGUCUUUAGCUUGGGCAUUUUUUAUUAAUAUUUUGAUCCCAUGGACCAAUAAUAAAUGAUAAUAUCUGUUUUGUUCA